AUGGCGUUGCGCGCGGCCCUUGUCGCGGUUUUGCCGGCCCUGGCAGCGGCAGAGAAGUAUGCUGUCAUUGCAGCAGGCUCAGCAGGCUUCAUGAACUACCGACACCAAGCCGAUGCCUGCCAUGCCUACCAGCUCAUGCUGAAGAGCGGUGUUCCGGCUGACAACAUCAUCCUCAUGAUGCAGGAUGAUGUGGCGAACAGCACUGAGAAUCCUUUCCCGGGACAGCUCUUCAACAAGCCAGGCGACGACUCGCCUGACGUCUACAAGGGCUGCAAGAUUGACUACUCCGGGGACAUUGUGACCGGCAAGCUGUUCAUGGACGUCCUCACCGGCAACAAGGAGGGCGCCAAGGGCAAGGUGCUUAAGAGCGGACCGAGCGACACCGUCUUCGUCAACUUCGUGGACCAUGGAGGCCCGGGCAUCAUUGCCUUCCCGAAUGGCCCGGUGCUGACCGUCAAGGAGCUCUCCAAGACCCUCAAGACCAUGCAGAGCAAGCACAUGUUCAAGCAGAUGGUGUUCUACAUGGAAGCUUGCGAGAGCGGCUCGAUGUUCCCUGACCUCGAGAAGGACAGCAAGAUCCUGGCCGUGACCGCCUCCAACGCAGAUGAAUCCUCCUGGGGAACCUACUGCGGUGACGACGCCAUGGUGAAGGGCAAGAACGUUGGAUCCUGCCUGGGAGACCUCUUCUCCGUGAACUGGAUGCAGGACGACGACCUCGGCAAGUUCUCCUCCGAGACUUUCAAGACCCAAAUUGCCAAGGUGACUAAGCUGACGAACAAGAGCCACGUGUGCAGCUUUGGUGACAAGUCCUUCCUGAGUGAGGACAUUGGAGACGUGGAGGAGACAGGCUUCCUCUCCUCCAGCCCCUCCGACGCUGCGCGCGGCGCCGUGGACGCGCGCGACGUCUACGUCACGCAGGCGAUGUGGGCUUGGCAAAACGCUGCCAAUGGGGAGGCCAAGGAGAAGGACAAACUCAGCGAGAAGACGGCCAUUGCAAACCACUUGGAGAGGCUUGUCGCCAAGCACAAGUCAACGAAGACCUCUCAGCGCAUCCGGCGAUCCAGGGAGGCGAAGAGCUCUCGUUGGUCUCAGGUGCACGGCGAGGAUGAGCAGUGA